CUGCUCACUUUUCCCUUCCUCCCCACGCGGGGCGGCCACGUCUCCCUCGCUCCCGCCGCCGUCGUCGUCCCGCGCCUUUUCUUUGCCUAUAAAGCGGGCCCGUCGCACCGCGCUCCGCUGUCGUGUGUCAUCUUCAGUCCCCACUCCCCACUCCGCCGCGCUCCCCAUUCCACAUCCGGCCCCCCACGCAUGGAGUCCCUGGUGGCGGCGCUCCCCACGGGCAGCGCGGCGGCGGCGGCGGCCGUCGGCGGGCUGCUGACGGCCGCCGCGCUCGCCGGGAGGGCUGGCGCCAAGAACAACCGCUCCACCGCGCCCCCAGCUGUUCCUGGUUUACCAAUUGUUGGCAAUCUUCUUCAGUUGAAAGAAAAGAAACCCCACCAAACCUUUACAAAAUGGGCUGAAAUUUAUGGGCCAAUUUACACUAUAAAGACAGGUGCUUCUUCUGCUGUUGUGCUCAAUUCAACUGAAGUAGCCAAGGAGGCAAUGAUUGCAAAAUUCUCAUCCAUAUCUACCCGAAAGCUGUCUAAAGCAUUGUCAGUGCUCACUCACGACAAAACUAUGGUUGCUACAAGUGAUUAUGGUGACUUCCACAAAAUGGUCAAGCGUUAUAUCAUGACAAGCAUGCUGGGUACUUCUGGCCAGAAAAAAUUCAGGGACACAAGAAACAUGAUGGUUGAUAACAUGCUGAGCACUUUCCACACAUUGUUAAAUGAUGAUCCAAAUGCUCCUUUGAAUUUUCGGGAAGUUUUCACGAAUGAGUUAUUCAGAUUAUCCCUGAUUCAGGCUUUAGGUGAGGAUGUUAGUUCAGUCUAUGUGGAAGAGUUUGGGAAGGAUAUAUCAAAGGAGGAAAUCUACCGGGCCACAGUAGUUGACAUGAUGAUGUGUGCAAUUGAGGUCGACUGGAGGGAUUUCUUCCCAUACUUAAGCUGGGUUCCAAAUAGGAGUUUUGAAACAAGAGUACUGACUACAGAAGGUAGGCGAACAGCAGUUAUGCGAGCCUUGAUCAAUCAGCAAAAGAAAAGAAUUGCACGUGGAGAGACUAGGAUAUCACAUCUAGACUUCCUGCUAGCAGAGAAUACACUGAACGAUGAACAAUUGCUAAUGCUUGUGUGGGAGGCAGUUAUAGAAGCUGCUGAUACUACUUUGGUCACUACUGAGUGGGCCAUGUAUGAGGUUGCAAAGCACCCAGAAAAACAGGAUCGCCUUUACCAGGAAAUCCAAGAGGUCUGCGGUAAUGAGAUGGUUACAGAGGAUCACCUGCCACAGUUGCCGUACUUGAAUGCGGUGUUCCAUGAGACCCUGAGGAGGCAUUCUCCAGUUCCUCUAGUGCCUCCAAGAUAUGUCCAUGAGAAUACUAAAUUGGCUGGCUAUGUUGUUCCAGCUGGCACAGAGAUGGUCAUCAACCUGUACGGAUGCAACAUGAACAAGAGCGACUGGGACGAACCCGAGGAAUGGAAGCCAGAGAGGUUUCUGGAUGGGGGGUUCGAGUCUGCCGACAUGUACAAGACCAUGGCCUUCGGGGCAGGAAGGAGGGCCUGUGCUGGCAGCUUGCAGGCGUUGAACAUCUCGUGCACAGCCAUUGCGAGGUUUGUGCAAGAGUUCGCCUGGAGGCUAAAGGAAGGUGACGAGGACAAGGCUGACACCAUCCAUCUCACAACCAACAGGCUUUACCCGUUGUAUGUGUACCUGAAACCUAGAGGAAGGAAAUGAGCGUCAUUUCUCGGGAGGUUACUGUACUUGUUCAGUAAUGUGCUGUUUGUGUAUGAAACUUUUGGGAUAAAAACUCUGUAUGCUGUGGUAGUUUUUUUUUUCUGUGGCACUUAAUACUAAGAAGUGUGUACCAUGUAGAAGUGGACAAAAACUUGCAGCAUAUAUUAGCGAAUAUCGAUUGCUACAGAGGCCAUGUUACCCA